UUCAAAUUACUAUGUAUUAGUGUUUCUUUCAUGGCUGGUGUUUGCAUGCUGCACUCAUCAGCUGAGAAGUUAUGAAACUCAGCUUCUUCUUCAGAUGAGGAAGCAUUUGGAGUACCCUCUGCCACUGAGCAAUUGGGAAAAUCACAACAAUGCUGAUUUCUGCAAUUUGUUCUCUUCACCACAGCUCACCAUCAAAUGCGAGAACAAUUCUGUCACCGAGCUUCGGAUCAUGGGAGACAAACCUGCAAAGUGUUCCUGAGUGGUUGGAUUCGUGGUCGAAUCUCACUGUGUUGAGCUUAAAGAACAACAGAUUGAAUGGUGAGGUUCCUUCUGCAGUUGCAAGAAUCACAACAUUGAUUGAAUUAGUUUUGUCUCACAACUUUCUCACUGGAAAGAUGCCUGAUCUGAGCAAACUCUCCACUUUGCAGUUGUUAGAUUUGAGAGAGAACAGUUUAGAUUCUACAUUGCCCCCUCUGCCAAAAGGGCUGGUUAAUGUAUUUCUCAGCAAGAACUCAUUUUCCGGUAGCAUACCCGAACAAUUUGUUAAGUUGGAACAGCUUCAGCAUCUUGAUUUGUCGAAUAAUCAUCUUACCGGAACCCUCCUUCUCUGCUCUUCUCUCUCCCCAAUAUUAGUUACUUGAAUCUGUCAUCCAACACUCUUAGUGGAUCACUUCCUGAGCAUCUCAAGU